GGAGGAAUAAAUGUGAUCACCUCAUGGGAUUGGAGUGAGCUCUAAGGCACCUGCAGCAGCUGGGAGGAUGGCCCCCACAAGUCUCAUGGCUGCCAUUGAGAGGAGUUGGCCUGGAAGGUGGGGGCUGGACAGUGAGACCAGUGAAUUUGGGAGGCUGGUGCAGGUGGGGGGCAUAUCUCCUCACCUGGCCCCAUGCACCACCACAGCCCUAUGGAAGAAACUGGGGCCUUCUGGCCCCCAGAGCUAUGGUUUUCUCAGUCUAGAAGCUGGGUCAGGAGGCCAGGCCUGUGGGCUGCUUCCCCAUCCUGCUUUGUUCCUGGGAGGGUUGUCCAUCCCUCGGAAUAUCCUCAAGGGCAGAGGCGAAAGCCUGGAUUUGGCCAGAACUCAGUGCCAGGAAGGGGCUGCACAGCCAAGCAGACCCCUGCCCUCCUGGGGAACUACUGGGCUUUGUGCUGAGAGUCACAGAUGGCACCCAGGAACUCAGGACCGUGGGAAGGGACAUCUCAGAAGCAGCUUCAUAAGAGAGCUGAUGUCAGCUGUGUCUCAUGUGCACCCAGACCUCCUGCCUCCUGAGGUCUGCAGUCUCCUGAACCCAGCGGCCAUCUAUGCCAACAACGAGAUCAGCCUGCGUGAUGUCGAGGUCUACGGCUUCGACUAUGACUACACCCUGGCCCAGUAUGCGGACACGCUGCACCCAGAGAUCUUCACUGCCGCCCGUGACAUCCUGAUUGAGCACUACAAGUACCCGGAGGGGAUUCGAAAGUAUGACUACAACCCCAGCUUUGCCAUCCGUGGCCUCCACUAUGAUAUUCAGAAGAGUCUUCUGAUGAAGAUUGACGCCUUCCACUAUGUGCAACUGGGGACAGCCUACAGGGGCCUUCAGCCUGUACCAGACGAAGAGGUGAUCGACCUAUAUGGGGGCACCCAGCACAUCCCACUGUACCAGAUGAGUGGCUUCUAUGGCAAGGGUCCUUCCAUCAAGCAGUUCAUGGACAUCUUCUCGCUGCCAGAGAUGGCACUGCUCUCCUGCGUGGUGGACCACUUCCUGGGCCAUGGCCUGGAGUUUGACCAAGCACACCUCUAUAAGGAUGUGACGGACGCCAUUCGAGAUGUGCACGUGAAGGGCCUUAUGUACCAGUGGAUCGAGCGGGACAUGGAGAAGUACAUCCUGCGAGGGGAUGAGACAUUCGCCGUCCUGAGCCGCCUGGUGGCGCACGGGAAACAGCUGUUCCUCAUCACCAACAGUCCUUUCAGCUUCGUGGACAAGGGGAUGCGGCACAUGGUGGGUGCCGACUGGCGCCAACUCUUCGACGUGGUCAUCGUCCAGGCAGACAAGCCCAGCUUCUUCACCGACCGGCGCAAGCCUUUCAGAAAACUUGAUGAGAAGGGCUCACUGCAUUGGGACCGUAUCACCCGCCUGGAAAAGGGCAAGAUCUAUCGUCAGGGAAACCUGUUUGACUUCCUGCGUCUGACGGAAUGGCGAGGCCCCCGUGUGCUCUACUUCGGAGACCACCUCUACAGUGACCUGGCGGAUCUCAUGCUGCGUCACGGCUGGCGCACAGGUGCCAUUAUCCCUGAGCUGGAGCGAGAGAUCCGCAUCAUCAACACGGAGCAGUACAUGCACUCGCUGACGUGGCAGCAGGCACUCACGGGGCUACUGGAGCGUAUGCAGACCUACCAGGAUGCCGAGUCUCGGCAGGUGCUGGCCGCCUGGAUGAAGGAGCGGCAGGAGCUGAGGUGCAUCACCAAGGCCCUGUUCAAUGCGCAGUUCGGGAGCAUCUUUCGCACCUUCCACAACCCCACCUACUUCUCACGGCGCCUGGUGCGCUUCUCCGACCUCUACAUGGCCUCCCUCAGCUGUCUGCUCAACUACCGCGUGGACUUCACCUUCUACCCGCGCCGCACGCCCCUGCAGCACGAGGCACCGCUCUGGAUGGAUCAGCUCUGCACCGGAUGCAUGAAGACACCCUUCCUUGGCGACAUGGCCCACAUCCGCUGAGGGUACCUUUAUUGUGUGGACCAGGCCCAGCCCCUGCUGUCCCCACCCACUCUGGGCAAUAAAAGCCGCCUCCCUCCUG